CACCCAAUCCCCUCCCUCCCGCGCGCCGCACACCAUGGGGCAUGGCGCACAACCCACUCCGCCGGCACCCGUGCGCCCAAUCCUCUACCCCCGCAAGAACCCUAGCCCCCUGUCGACAGCCGCCACACCCCUCGCUCCUCCUAUCCCGCCUCCACGCUCGUUUCCUCCUCUUCCAUCCUGCACAUCGGUCUCCCCCUACCCUCCCGUCCCUCCCCUCCCCUCCCCUCCCCUCCCCUUCCGCAUUUCAUCCAUUUCGGGCGAGCUUCUCCGGCGGCGAUGUCGACCGGCAGGCAAAGGGUGACCCAUGGAUCUGUCCAGGAGAUAGAAGAUGAGAGGGAGAGAGAGAGAAGGAAGGAUAUGAGGGAGAAAGAGAGAGGAAAGAGGAGAUGGAAGUCCGGCUGCGGGCGGGAGAGGGCCACGGAUCGGCGUUGGCCUUCGCCGGGGCUUGAUCCACUCCUAGGUCCUUCCUAUUCUACUUCUCCCCACAUCCACAAAGUAUAAGUCAUGGAGCAUGGGUUCGACGACGGGGGCUGGAAGCCAGGAGGGCUGGUCGAGGAAGAAGGCGACAACGCGUGGGUGGCAGAGGUCGUCUCUCUAGCCAUCGCCUUGUCUCCUUCACAGCGCAUGGUGCAGCAGGCUGGACGGGUGGUGGGGGCGGCAGUUAAGGCCACGGACGCAGCUUGGAGAGCUAUGCGGAGGUCUUGACCAAAUAUUAUCUCUUUCUCCAUGUGGCCUCCUCCCCUCGGCCCUGUAUUUGUCGGUGAGGUUUCUCCUUGCCGUCAGCAGCAGCGGUGAGCAUAGGGGCAGCGGUCGCAGUCGCCCGUGGAGCACAGCGGCACGUGGGCUGGUCUUGCCGCCGCCAGAGCAGAGCGAAGGGGGUCGAUGCAGGGUCAAGGAGGGGCACGAGCGAGGGUCAUGCCGCACGGGGAGCGCACGACAUCCAGCGAGAGAAGACUUCUCCUCUUCCUGUGUCGGUGUGCACCCCUCAUCGCCGCCCUGCUCGUCCUCCGGAUCAAUGAAACUUGAAAGAAUUGUUGAUUGUGUAGGAUCAAUGAAACUUGAAAGAGCAGUGUAAGAAACGGAAGCAUGAUGUUUUGGGUGUGCACACAUGUAUAGUACUCGCAUUUUCAGAUGAUUGUGAAGUUUAUGGAAGAAGCAUAUCUGAAUGCUUGCUUCAAGUGUUUCUUGCUCUAAACAUGGUAACCCAUGUCCUUACAUGCAAGAAGCUGCUCUCAGUUACUUCUUGGCAAAUGAUCAGUUGAUUACUUUCUUAUGGCAUAUUAUUUUUUACAUGGAACUAAAAAGAACACUGGUUUUCUGAGAAAAUAAGAUUAGGGAAGUCACACAUGUUGUUUAAAUCAAGUAAGAUAGCAUAUAUGUAGCUUUACUUGCUAUUUUUGCAUCAUGGAUGCUGAAGUUCCUAGAGGUAAAGCAGAAACUUGAUGCCAUGUACAACAGUGCACGUGUGCUGUCUGAUGGUCUUUAAAAAUUUCUUAUAAACGAAUGGCUGGACUAAAAUUUUCAAAUCAUAAUAAGCACUUGUUUUCUACAGUUGGUAGCAUAUAUAUAGCUUGCGGAGAUUUCAUGUAAUAGACAUCUAAGUUAAAACUCAGGAAUCAUAUUAUAGCCACAUGUUCAUUUCUCUCCUUUUUAUUUUGUCUCACUCCUGCAUUUAAGCAUAAGUUCAGUUUCAUUUGCUGAAGUUAGCUGCCAGAACUUAUAGUUUCUUCCCUUAGGUUCCCCUAAGAUAAAAAACAUUGUGUUUUGAAAUAGUUUUAUUUAGAAUAUGUGUAAUACCCAAAUGAUUUUAACAUGCUUCUCAUUCUUGUUAGUAUGAUGAUCCAUACAUGGUUCAAGCAUAUCAGUUGGAGCUGUGGUGUACCUCUGGAUGAGUAUACUACUGAGAGGGUUUCAGAGAACUGAACAAGCUAUGCGUAUGUGGCUGAACAAAUGCCAGUGACCAUACAUCUCUUUGCCAAUUGGAUACUAGCAGCAUAUCAAAAUGAGCAAAGGAGGAAACAACACUGGUUUUUGAUAGAUCUGGGCAGCGAGGACAGGCGACCACAUGCAGAUGGCAUCAGCGGCAAUAGCAACAUGUGCGGUGCACAGCGCGAGGAGUUCAGUAAGAACAAGCAUCUGGAGCGAAGCAUGAAGCACAAGCUUCUCAAGGAUAAGCUGACACCUAAUAAGGAUGAGAACAAUGGAGAUGCUAAGAGGCAACCUUUUGGGGUUAAGGAUAUAAACAACAACAUGGCUUAUGAGGCCGAAGAGAGCUUGAGUGGCGGCUUUUGGAUCUUCAAGCCCUGCACUUUCCUGGUGAAGUGGCAGCAAAAUAGUUCAGAGGCUUUAAAGCUACUGCACUUUACAUAGUUAGGACCAAUUCUUUGUUUAGGUUUGAAAUAAUCCCCAGUUCCUCCUAUUUGAUUUAUUCAUAUGAUGGGCAUUUUGUCAGGCAAAUAAACAGAAGGCAUAUGUAUUGUUACAAGUGAAGCCAUCCAUACAAUUCGAGAUAUUAAUAAUCCCAUAUGUGGAAUUCAAGAUAUAGAGAAAUGUUAUUCUUCUUCUAA